CAGCACGAUCACCCCCCGACUCCAUCAUCUCCCCUGCGGACCAAGCCUGCACCCACCAUGGCCGCCGGAAGCAGCACCGUCGCCGAAAAGAACCGCGAGCUCAAUGUGCGCACCACCUCCUACGAAUUCUUCGGGCCCGUGGGCGCCGCUGUGUUGGUGCCGCUCCUGAUCGUCACCACCCUGGGCCUGUUCCCGCUGUGCACCAAGGAGAGCUGCUCGCCGCUGGUGCUGGUCACGGACCCGCAGUCCGUGCUGGACAACAUUGCGGCCCUCAAGUGGUGGGACUGGAAGGCCGCUGGAGUGUAUAUGCUCUGGAUUAGCUUCCAUUUUGUUGGCUACCUCGUCGUCCCUGGCAGGAUCAUCGAGGGCACGAUGCUCCGCAACAACAGUCGCCUCAAGUACAAGAUCAACGGCCUGACCAUGGCAUACCUGACGGCCGCUCUGCUCGGCGGUGCCUUGUACUUCUACGGGCUCGCCCCGUUCGUGUGGAUUGCCGAGAACACCCUGCCACUGUGCACGGCCGCAACCGCCUACGCACUUGCCCAGGCAACGUUCUUGUACCUGUACUCGUUCCGCUCGAACACACCGCUGAUGUCGCUCGUGGGCAACUCGGGCAACUUUAUCUACGACUUUUGGAUGGGACGCGAGCUGAACCCCCGUCUCGGCUUUCUGGAUCUCAAGUACCUGUGCGAGCUGCGACCGGGGCUCAUCCUCUGGGCCAUUUUGAACCUGAGCUACGCCGCCAAACAGUACCAUGAGCUCGGCCGGGUCACCAACUCGAUGAUCCUCGUACAAAUCUUUGAGAUUUACUACGUGCUCGAUGCGCUGAUUAACGAAGAGGCAAUCCUCACGACCAUGGACAUUAUCCAGGAUGGUUUCGGGUUUAUGUUGACCUAUGGAGAUCUGGUUUGGGUUCCCUUUGUGUACACCCUGCAAGCCCGCUACCUCACCCUGUAUCCCAUCGAUCUCAGCCCCGCCGCCCUCGGUGGCAUCCUGCUGGUCAAGAUCAUUGGCUUCUACAUCUUCCGCAGCUCGAAUCUGCAGAAGAAUGACUUUAGAGCCAAGCCCGACGCUCCGCAUGUCAAGAACCUCAAGUUCAUCCAAACGGCCUCCGGCACGCGGCUGCUUGUGGACGGCUGGUGGAAGUGGUCCCGCCAUAUGAACUACCUUGGCGACUGGAUCAUGGGAAUUGCGUGGUGCCUGCCCUGUGGCUUUGGCCAUGCUAUUCCGUACUUUUAUGCCCUGUACUUUGCCCUCUUGCUGGUCCACCGAAGCCUCCGCGACGAAGAAAAGUGCCAGCACAAGUACGGCAAGUACUGGGACGAGUACCGACAGAAGGUGCCCUACUAUAUCGUCCCCUAUAUCUACUAAGCAGCCGCUCGGCGUGCUUGCGUGAAUAUACUCUGUGCAGCCUCCAUA